CUCAUAGUGUUCAGGUGAAUAUUCAAAUAUCUUAACUGUGUUGUUCAAUGGUUUCAUCUUCAAUAACCGGAGACAUUUCCGAAGUCCCUGAAUCUCUCAAACCAAUUUUAACCAGUAAGGUUUUCCAUUCCACAUGGGCUGGAACCUUCACCUGUCAACCACAAGCCAUCUUUCAACCUACAAAUGUAGAUGAAAUCAAGUUACUUGUCGAUGAAGCUCGUAAACGAGGAAAGACUAUCAUGACCGUUGGUUCUGGCCACUCUCCUUCAGAUUUGACUAUGACUAAGGAAUGGUUGUGUAACUUGGACAAAUUCAAUAAGGUUUUAAAGCAAGAAGAGUUUUCAGGACCUGCUCUUGGUGGUAAAGAUGGUGAACGUGAAGUAAAGUUUGUUGAUCUUACAGUAGAAGCCGGAUGUAGAGUCUACGAGCUUAACGAAUAUGUCAAGACCCAUAAGCUUGCAGUUCAAAACCUUGGAUCAAUCAGUGACCAAUCCAUUGCCGGUUUAAUUUCUACUGGUACCCAUGGUUCUUCCCAAUAUCAUGGUCUUGUUUCUCAACAAGUAGUUUCCAUCACUAUUAUGAACUCAGUGGGUAAACUGGUUAACUGUUCUUCUAUUGAAAGACCAGACCUUUUCAGAGCUGCCUUAUUAUCUUUAGGUAAAGUAGGUAUCAUCACCCACGUGACUUUGCGUACUAUCCCAAGUUAUACCAUUAAAUCAAAGCAAGAAAUUAUCAAGUUUUCCACUCUUUUAAACAAUUGGGAAAGUAUUUGGUUGGAUUCAGAAUUCAUCCGUAUCUGGUGGUUCCCUUAUUCUGGAAAUUGUGUUUGUUGGCGUGCUUCCAAAUCGGAUGAUGAACUUUCCGACCCUAGACCAUCAUGGUAUGGAACUCGUUUUGGUCGUUUCUUUUAUGAAUCAUUACUUUGGGUUUCCGUUCAUAUCCUUCCUCGCCUUACUCCAUAUAUCGAAAAAUUUGUUUUCAGUCAACAAUAUGGAAAUGUUGAAACUUUGGGAAGCGGUGAUGUUGCAGUCCAACAUUCUGUAGAUGGAUUGAAUAUGGAUUGUUUAUUCUCUCAAUUUGUUAACGAAUGGUCCGCACCAUUGAAACACGGUAAGGAAGUCUUACUUGAAUUGGAUGCUAAAAUUAAGAAUGCUCAAAAGGAAAAUAGAUUCUAUGUGCAUGCUCCAAUUGAAGUUAGAUGCUCAAAUGUAACUAAUUCUGAUACUCCUUUUGUCGAUGAUGAAACCAAUGAGCCUUCUUUGUAUCCAUCUCAAAAAUGGUUAGCUACAAGAAACAGACUCAGUGCUGGUCCAGUUCCAGGUAACAACUUCCGUCCUUACUUGGAUAACUCUCCAGAUAACUUGCCAUACGUUGAAGACCCAAAAAAGAUCACAAAUGAUCAAUUGACUCUUUUCAUUAACGCUACCAUGUACAGACCAUUCCAUACCAAUGUCGAGACCAAGGAGUGGUACCAAAUCUUUGAAGACAUUUUGACUGCUGCUGGAGGUAAACCACAUUGGGCUAAGAAUUUCAUUGGUGUUACGGGUAAACAUGAAACUGAAGAAGAUUUAAAGACUCAAUUGGACUUUGGUGGUAAGAAGUUUUAUACCAUGAUUGGAUUCGACCCAGUGAUGAAGAAAUGGUUUGGUGAAAACUUGACCAAGUACAAUAAAGUAAGAAAGGAAAUGGAUCCUGAAGGUGUCUUCAUGAGUGGUAAGCCAUGGAUGAUCAGAAAUGGUUUAUUGGAAGAAUAAUUGGACAGACAAUUAUGAAAAUAGAUUCAAUACUAAUAUUAUAAUAUAUUGUUUAUUUAUAUUCGUUCAUCUUCUUCUUCUAUAUAUAUGAUACA